AUGCGGAUAAAGACUGCUGCAGCGAUGGGCGCAGCACGGAAGAGAAACCGCCAGCGGGGAAAGGCAGCCAGCGACCGCCGCUCGGAGCUUGCAGUGCUGGUGGAUGAACGGCGGCGCCAGCGCGCGCCAGGCGCGCCCCCCGAGGUGCCAGGCUCCGCGGCGCGUCGUACAGAGGUCGAUCCCGCAUUCGCGGAAGUCUUCGCGCGGUUUGAGGCUGUGCAGGCGCCGCCGCCGCCAGUUUCCAGUAGUGAGCCUGCGCCAGCGCCGCCGCAGGCAGAGACACCUGACUCAGAUGGGGGCUCCGCGCCCGCGGGUGCGCGACGGCGGGACCAACGGCCUGCGCUGGCCGAGCUGAAGGCGCUGGUGCCCCACCCCGAGCUAAUUCAGUGGUACGACUGCGACGCACAGGACCCCCACCUGCUCGUGCAUAUCAAAGCCUCCAAGAAUGUGGUGCCUGUGCCCGCGCACUGGCAGACGAAGCGAGAGUAUCUUUCGGGUCGCUCCCUGCUGGAGAAACGGCCCUUCGAGCUACCCGAUGUUAUCAAGCAGACGGAUAUCGAGUCUAUGCGCAACGCUCUGUCCGGUGUCUCCGAAGAUAAGACUUUGAAGCAGGAGGCGCGCGCGCGUGUACAGCCGAAGAUGGGGCGGCUGGACCUGGACUACGUCAAGCUGCACGACGCUUUCUUUAAGCUCGGACGCAAUUGGCGGCCGGACAUCAUGCUGCAGUAUGGUGACAUGUAUUACGAAAAUCGCAACCUGGACCAGGAGGCCCAUUGGACCCGCAUGCGCCGGCGCUAUCGCCCAGGACGCCUGUCGCUGCCACUGCGCAAGGCUCUGGGCCUUGCCGAGGGGCGCACCCCCGUAUGGUGCAAGAAGUGGAAGGAAGUCGGCCUCCCGCCCGGCUACCCCGGAUUCAAGGUCGCAGGGAUCAACUGGGAUAUGUCCAACCUCCGCGCGGACGUCUACGGUGAAUGGAAGCUGAGCGCACAUCCGCGUGCGCCGGAGCUGUUCGGGAGCAUCGUGUCCUUCGAGACUGACCAUGCCGCAUACACCGCCCAUCCCCGGGAACGCGGCCAACACACUACCCCCUCUACAGACAAGCCGGCGCCCGCGAAUGACCCACUUCCGCAGGAACUGCACGUGGGGCCCGCCAGCUCCGAGGCGCAGGAACCUGCCCCUGUCACGAAGUCGGUGCCCAAGACCGAAGACGCGCUUGGCGAUCGGUUUAAGACACUACCAGAAAAUGACGUCGUCGACAACUUCCAGUUCUGA